AUGGGUAACUCACAGUAUUCCCAACUGCAAACAGCUGACCCGAGUGAGCUCAUUUCGCCGAGAUUACUCAAAUCGGCUUCAGCCUACAAUUGCCGUCAACCAAAAAGGAAACCCUCACCGCAUAUUGACAAUAUUUCCGCCCUAGCAGCUGUUCGACCGGGAAUGUUGAUAUCGGGAAGUAAAGAUAAAGUAAUCUCGUUGAACAAUCUCGAUGUCGGCGAGAGUAUUAUGCGAUGGAGAGGACACGAAAAGGAGGUGACAAAGGUAGCCUACCGUAACACCGGUGGCCGACAUCUUGUCCUUUCGGCGUCGCGCGAUGAAACGAUCCGUUUAUGGCAAUUCAACACCGCCGAAUCGCAGAAAUUGUACAAGGGACAUCGGUUGCCCGUUACAGGACUUGUUAUUUUUGAUCAGGAUCGUUUCGCUUCGGGUUCACGCGAUACAUCGAUUCGGAUAUGGGAUCUCGAGACGGGGAAAGUGUUAAUGCAAAAUGACACAAAUCGCAAUUUGGUAACUCACAUGGCCUACAACUCGAUGAACAACUGGAUCGCUCAGUCUUCAGAAGACAAGUAUUUGAGAAUCUGGGACACAAGAUCGUUGGAGGCCGUGCAAACGUAUCCACGAAAGAUGCACAUACAGACGUAUUGUGAGUUCACGCCGGACGCGAACUUUGUGAUGUCGACGAGCAACGGUUUCAAUGGUGAUGGGUGCACGAUUACGAUCUGGGACACUCGAAUGCAGCGAAUGUUCAAAGAGCUCAGCGGACACGACAGCACAGUGACCGGGGUGGCAAAUUUGCAUCAAAGUGUAACCCAGAAAAAGCUGAUCGUCAGUGUGAGUCUCGAUCAAACGGCCCGCGUUUGGAGUCUCGAUGAUGGAGUUUCCCUCUGGACCGAGUCGAUCCCGUCGGGGUGUGGGCUAUUAGCUUGUGCGAGUUUCAGUGAUGCUAGUCUCGCCAUCUCGGGUUGUGAUGGUUUAUUAGCGCAUUUGCGUCUUCUCGGCCGCGGUGGUCGGCCACUCUUGCAUUGUACCUCGUAUCACACCAUCCAAACCAAUUCCACCUCGAACUCGGCUGAGCAC